ACAUGUAAUAGGUGUAAUCUAGAAUAAAAUACUUCACAAAAGAGUAAGAUUUAAUGGUCAAAUACUUCGUAAAAGAGCCUUGUGGUUGUGGCUCAAAAUAGAAGGGACACAUAUCACACAAAUACAAGUACACCACGUUACAAGUCUUACAACUUUCCACAACAUUCUACAUGCUGUUCAAUUAUCGUCAAUCAUCUUAAACUUUUCUACCCAAAAAAGAAAUCACGUACUACAGAAUCAUUUCUAAUUUCUAAUUUCUAAUCUAAAAUCUCAAUUUCGAACUCCCAAUUGAAAAAAAUGGCAGCUCAAAUUUCAACUUCACCCUACAAAAAAUAUGAAAUCCGAAAACGAUUACCCGACCCGAAAACCUCAGUUCUCCUAGUAAUCGACAUGCAAAACUACUUCUCUUCAAUAGCAAAACCCAUCAUUCCCGCCAUAACAACGACCAUCAACCUCUGCAAACGCGCAGGUAUCCCAGUCAUACUCACGCGCCACCGCCACAAACCCGGCGAUGAUGGAGGCGUAUUAGGCGAGUGGUGGGGCGGGGAAAUCAUCAUCGAUGGAAGUCUCGAAUCAAAACUCAUCACAGAAGUAGUCGAGGCGGCCGAAGAAGGGACGAAAGAUGAUCACGAGAAUGAAAUAGAGGUGGUAGAGAAGGAUACAUAUAGCGCGUUUCGAAACACGGGACUAGAAGAGAGGCUGAAGAAGAUGGGCGUGAAGGAAGUGAUUGUUAGUGGAGUUAUGACGAAUUUGUGUUGUGAGACGACUGCUAGAGAGGCGUUUGUACGAGGGUUUAGGGUGUUCUUUUCGACGGAUGCAACCGCGACGUCAUCGGAUGAGCUUCAUGAAGGUACUCUUGUGAAUAUGGCGUAUGGUUUUGCUUAUCUUCUUGAUUGUAAUCGCCUUCGCCAAGCUUUCCCACCAUAGCUGCAUAGUAUAUAUACUCACUUUGUAGUUACGUGUAAAAUUGUAGCUUUUAUUUUUCUAUUAGUCUAUUGCAAGUAUAUUACUACUAUAUAAAGUCUUGUGAUGUUCUAAUUAGGCAAUACUUCUUACAUUUUAAAUAACUUGGGCAGCCAACGCGCGCAGGUGUCUAGCCGUUGCGGCUUAAUUUUUCAUGGCUUGUAUUUGCACUUCUCAUGGAGAUAAUUAUUUGUAAAGGAAUAUCUCUAUUGCUUAAGCAUUAUAAGUUGAAUGUUAAGUGUAAAAUAUCUUGUGUAUUGAAUAAAAA